AUGGUUGGUGAGAUUGAUACUACAUCAAUUGAACCAGUCCGGCGCGGAGUCUCUUUAUUCGACGAUAAAACCGAUCCGAAGAAAUUUCUUCCUACAUGGAAUAAGCGUGACUAUGAAAAAGAGAUUGAGGAUUUGACAAAGGAAUUGGCAAACUACAAGGCUCAGUUAGAAGCUAAGCAUGUUGCACACAUCAAAGCACUUCUUAAGCCUGAACAAAACCAGAAGAUGAUUCAUGAGCUGUCUACUUUGCUUAAGAAUUCUGAUAUUGAAAGAAAUAAGUAUGUGAACGAGUGUUCAGGGGGUAGAGCUAGCAAAGACGGGCUUGAAUCGAUGACGAAAGAGAUGGCUGAUCUUAAAUUAGAAACUGUGAAAAUUAGGGACCAGCUUUCGCAUGUUUUGAGUGAAUUGAAGGCCACACAAAAAGAACUUCUUAAUAAAGAUAACGAGAUUUGUUCGGCUAGAGAUUCGGAAUUGAACGUUUUGGCUAAGGUGGAACAGUUGGAAAAUGAAUUGAAGAUGGAAAAAGAACAUAAAGAAAAACUUUUACAGCAAGUUACAAGUGCUAAGGAAGAGAUAAUUGAAUUGAAUAAGAAUAAUCAAUCACUCAUAGAUGAGUUGAAGAUGAAUAAAGAAAGAGACAUAGAAACACAGGCGGAGAUUUCAUUGCUGAAAUCAAAAUCUCAUCUUCAAGAAUAUACCUUGGCUUACAAGAAUGGAUCAUAUGUCACUGAUCAAUCAAAUGAUGAAGCUGAAAAGUUGAAUAAGGAGAAAAAGAAAGACAAUGACAGUAUCACAAUCAGUUUGGAAGACUACAACUACUUCGUUAAAGAGGUUGCGAAGGGAAGUGAAAAAGGAAACGAGUUAGAGUUAGUAUUGAUGAAAAGAGAGCUUGAAAAUGCAUCCCUGAAAAUUUCAGAGAUGAGGAAUCGUGCGGAACAAGCUAUCAGCCGAGCUGAGUUAGCUGAGAAUGGUAAAGCAGCAUUGGAGGACAAAAUAAGGAGACACCGCGAACAUAGGACGAGAAAGAAGGCGGCUCUAACCGCUCUUCGCGAGGAAUCUACGCCUAAACCAUUUACUCCUUCAACUUCAUAUGGAACACCAAGUAUGUACCAGCCAUUAAGUAAAGUUCUCAAUAUGAAGUUGUAA